UUGAAUCCUCAGCGGUACUCGACUUCAGACCGAGACGAGCACCUGAAUGAGAUCAACGUGAGAGAUAAGACCUUGUUGAACACCCCUCUCACCAACCGCACUAACUGGCCAAAUAAAAACCAACUCGGGGCCAGAGGUAGUUCCUUUUUCGGUGGAUUUGGUGGAGGAGCAGAAGAGAGCAGUGGAGAUGAAGGGCUUGGAGGAGUAGGAGGUGGUGUUAAGGGUUCUGGAAGUGGAGGUAGUGGGGGUGUAACUAAUAGUUUACUAGAUGAUUCCGAAAUAGUAGAGGAAGAAAUUGGAAUUAGAGAGCUGCAAGUUAAGACGAAAGAAGGUAACGAUAGAGGAGAGAAAGCCAUGACCAUGACUUCCCAAUUUCAUGAUCCACUUUCUGUCCUUCCUCCUGCUCUUCCUCCCUCUAACUCUUCCUCCAGUGCCAAAUCUGGUAAAAUUACUACCACUGGUGGAUUCGGUGGAGCACCAUCCGCUUAUUCUGAAUCGUCAACCAGCUCAGCCGCAACUCGACCCGUCACAAAUACAACCAAAUUCGGUGGACCCUUACGAAGUGAAUAUUCCCAAGGUUCAACCGGCUUUGGUUCACCAGUGAUCUGUACAACCGGGUUCAGCAGUCCUUUGAUUCCAAGGGCUACUUACACAACAGGUUUAGGAGCCGCUAAAGGACCCGGUGGGAGUGUUUUUCCACGCACGAACCCAUCCGAGAGCCGGUUUAGCGGUUCAUAUUCGAGUGGUUCUCCUGGUUCAAGGCAACCAUCGGGGACACAAGGUUUCAAGCCAACGGAAAUCGUGAACCUAUCAUCGCCGCCACGGAGCGCCACUAAUGUUGCUGCUACGAUCUGUGAAGCCAGAAUCGUGGAUAUACCCAAACCAGAAGCACCCACCAUGCCCCCCGGCUCUCCCAACCCCGGGCAGUUGGGGGUACUCAGAAUAUCCUCCUUGUAGGAGUGAUGACUUAAAGAUGAAAUCAAAGCUUAAUACAAUUAAGAUAAGUUUAGGGACAGAACCAUAUAUGUGUUAUACCCGUUCAUUCCUUACCCAUACUUUGUUCCGAAUCAAGCGCUUGACAUAAAUUGCUUUAUUUAAGGUCAGGCUUUUAUGGCUUGUCGCUAAGACUAUACAAUUUUAUACGAGCUUCGUAGGUGAAUUUGAAGCAAACGUGUAAAGUUUGCUUAAAAUAAUCAAUUUGUUAAAGCGAUUUUCAUGCCAUACUAUUUCUACGAAAUAGCUUUGUUCUAAGGUGAGGCUAUUGAUAAGGAUCUUCAAGAAUCUACCAUUUCUCUACAUUUUUAAAAUUGUUAGAGAAAUUCCAGGAAAAAUUUUGUGUGCAGUAGAUUUUUCAAGAAUUCUUCAACGAUUCACAAUUCUAGUAAUUAGUCUUGUGCUGACUUAAACAUUAAAUAGAAAUCCUACACCUUUGUCUCAGAAAAAUAAAUAUAAAGAAUGGAUGUAUGACGUGACUUUUUGUGUAGAUUUUAUUUUGGACUAAACCUUGGAAAUUUUUGGGUUGAAUGCGGUUGCACAAUCUUUUCAGCACAGUAAUAUUGACUCGUGAAUAUUCGACAAAGCCACCUUAUUUGUCCAAUAAUUUUAUUAUGCAUUUCCUAAGAACUGGAUAAUUCAUUUGAUUAAUCCACCAUUCUAUCACUGCAUCCAUACAAUUGCCACAUUCUACUCUUAAAUUUUUAAUCUAGGUUAAAAUCUUUACCUGAUUCAAUUAUUUCCAAUCAUACCUUUUUCAAAUAGUUAUAAAUCAAUGUUCAACAUUAAAUAUUAUCUUCAUUUCGGCUUGACAUGCCAGCCAAAUUACAGUGCUUCGUUCUGGAUGAAACGGUUGACUUAACGUUUAAUUAAUUGAAACCAUCUUAUAAUUAGCCGAUACAAUAUCAACUGAAAGCGCUUAUUUUUUUGCAUUAAAUUGCGUGGUAUUUACU